CAUUUAAUUAUUUAUUUAUUCCAGUAUUUAUUUAUACAUUUAUUUAUUUAUACUUUUGUCAGAUCUCGUCCUCCAUAAUAACCAGGGUUUAUUGGUUUAUUGGUUUAUUUAUAAAUGUUGUGGCGAUGUAUCCUCCGAAACAGCAGGUGGCGCUAAACACAGGCGAACAAUAAACACACGAAGAAGAGAGACCUGUGUUGGAAAUGAGCUAACACUGACGUGUCCAACAGGUUUCUUGUUUAAAGUGAUAUUUUCAGGACAGCUAUGGACAUCGCGCUGUAUCUGAUCGCUGCUGCGGUUCUCAUCGUCCUCAUCUUGUUCGCUGUGAAGAUCCGGAGCAGAACACAGGAAGCCGAUGAGGAGCAACAGAGGGAUGUUAUCCGGGCGGCGGGGCCUCCUCAGCAGGCAGCGGGGCCUCCUCAGCAGACAGCGGGGGAGCGAGGAGCCGGGAUGCCGCGCAGGAGGAGAAACCUCGCUGCAGUCAUGGCGUACAGAGAGAAGGAGGGGGAAGAGAUGGAGCAGCUGAAGAAAGUGGGCGCCAAGAAGCAGAUGAAGCUGGAGGAGAAACAGGCCAAGAAAGCCCAGAGAGAGGCGGAGAUGGAGGAGAGGGAGGAGAGGAAGAGGAUGCAGGAGCUCAGAGAGCAGGAGAGGCAGCAGGAGGAUGAGAGAGAACGACUGAUGGAGCGGAAACAGGAGGAGGAAGAGCGUCGUGCUGCAGAGGAGCAGGAGAGACGCGAGGAGGAGGAGUACUUAAAACUGAAAGCCUCCUUCGUCGUAGAGGAGCAGGGAGAGGAGGAGCAGCUCACCGAGGACCAGUCACGUAACCUGCUGCAGGAGUUCAUCCAGCACAUCGAGAGCUCUAAGGUGGUUCUCCUCGAGGAUUUGGCGUCUCACUUCGGGAUGAGGACUCAGGACGCCAUCAACAGACUGCAGGACCUGUUGGCUGAAGGAUCCCUCAAAGGAGUGAUUGACGACAGAGGGAAGUUUAUCUCCAUCACCCCGGAGGAGCUGGACUCUGUGGCUCGUUUCAUCAGACAGAGAGGACGCGUGUCCAUCACGGAGCUCGCUCAGGCCAGCAACUCUCUGAUCAACCUGCAGCCCGAGAGCCGCAGCAGCGCCUAGACACGACAACCCGAUGGGACUGUUCACCUCUGCUGCACAUCUGGACGACUCCAACCUGUGUGAAGAUUUAAACUGGACUCUCUGUCUGCUGUUAGCUGGUGUUUGCUAUCAGCAGAGGACAUAAAGGCGCUGUGCUAUUUAUUCAGACUCCAUUCUUGAUUGAGCUGCAGCCCCUUAAUGAAAACACCAAACCCAUCAACACGACUAGCAGCAGCUCCGCUCUCCUGUGGGGAGGAAAUAAAUGAACUUCUGUGAAAUGA